CGUUCCCCAUUGAAUCAGAUAAUAUUCAUUCAUUCAUUCAUUCAUUUUAUUGAUUUUUCCCUGUGAAGCCUCAAGAGGGCGCUGUUGAUCCCAAUUUGGGUGAAACACUCUCAAUAGUCCUCAAUUUACCACCACAAUGGAGCCUGAAAUGUAGGUUGUUAAGUGAGAAAUUUGUUAAAGUGAGCUUGCUCCAUUUUGCGGCUGUUCUCGCCACAUGGGUUGGUUGGUUGGUUAUUUAUUUAAAAAUUUAUAUUGCCGCCUAUUUGCGAUUAAGCAAAUCGCUGCAGUUGUUAAAUUAGCAAAAGCGGUUGUUAAGCAAAUCUGGUUUUUCCAUUGACUUUACUCGUCAGAAGGGCACAAAAGGAGAUCACGUGACCCGGGGACGCUGCAACCGUCACCAUGCAGGGGGAACCAAAUCCAUCCGACUCCCUCAUUGACCGGACCAUCAAGAUGAGGAAGGAAACAGAAGCGAGAAAAGUGCUCUUGGCCUGGGGAUUUCUCAACCUGUCACUCGCCGGCAUGAUCUACACGGACAUGUCUGGAAAACUGAUCAGUUCCUAUUACAAUAUUUCGUGCUGGAUCUUCUGGUAUAUCGAACUUGGCUUUGCCUCUUUGUUCAGCCUCAACGCCUUAUUUGAUUUCUGGAGAUACUUCAAAUAUACCAUGGCUCCUACCAGCUUAGUGAUGAGUCCUGGCCAACAGACGCUUCUGGGAUUGCAGAACGCAGCGGUCCAGACUACGCCGCCCCGCGAGUUGGUGCCCAGGAAGACGCCCCCUUCGACCCCGUCCCCUCCCAUCCAGGGGCAGAGUGUGCUGAGCUACAGUCCUUCCCGCUCACCCAGCACCAGCUCCAAAUUUGCAACCGGUUGCAUCUCCGGAUACAGUCCUCAGCUGCAGGCUUUGUCAGGAAGUAGCGGGUCCUACGGCACGGCGGCGAGUUACUCUCCAGGAAGCGGCUACAGUAAGGUGUCUCCCUUCAGUCCUUCUCCGGGUCCCUUGAUGUACCCGGCUAGCAUUGGGCCCAUGGAUAGCAGCGGGAUGAGAUCCAGGUAUCGCUCCUCGCCCACCGUCUACAACUCGCCCACGGGAAAAGCCGACUACAUGACGGAUUUGAAAUCGCUCGACAGCUUCCUUCGAAACGAGGAGGAGAAACAGCACAGGGUGCAGCUGGGCAGUUCGGAUUCGGGCUCUCCUUCAAACAGUCCGACUUUUUGGAACUACGGUCGCUCCAUGGCCGACUACGCCCAGAUGCUCCGGAAAUUCCAGUACCAGCCGGCCUGCAGGUCCCAAGCCCCCUCAGCUCAUAAGGAUGAAGCCGAUCUGAGUUCGAAACAAGCUGCCGAAGAGGUCUGGGCACGGGUGUCGAUGAGCAGACAGCUGUUUGAUCACAUGGAUUCCUGGACUGCCAAAUUCAGAAAUUGGGUCAACGAGACAAUUUUGGUGCCGCUGGUUCAAGAGAUUGACUCUGUUAGCACUCAGCUGCGGAGAAUGGGGUGUCCGGAGCUGCAGAUUGGAGAAGCCAGCCUGAGCAGCCUGAAGCAAGCCGCUUUGGUGAAAGGCCCCCUUAUUCCCACCCUGAAUACAAUCGUCCAAUACUUGGACCUGACCCCGAAUCAGGAAUAUUUAGUAGAAAGGAUCAAAGAGCUUUCCCAAGGCGGCUGCAUGAGUUCGUUCAGGUGGAACCGAGGCGGAGACUUCAAAGCGCGCACCUGGGAUACUGAUUUACCCACGGACUCCGGAAUCCUUAUGCACGUAUUCUGCACGUAUCUUGACUCCAGGCUUCCUCCCCAUCCUAAAUACCCCGAUGGGAAAACCUUCACCUCCCAGCAUUUCAUUCAAACCCCCGAUAAACCAGGAGUCUUCCAAUAUUUGAGGGGCUGCCAGAAAGAAGAGCUAUUCUCCAAAGCACCAGAGCGCAGGAUGAUAAACAGCAGGAUGGAAACUCAUCAAGGAGAGAACCUGGAGUUAAGGAGAAACUUCCUAACAGUGAGGACAAUUAACCAGUGGAACUACUUGCCUCCAGAAGUUGUGGGUGUUUCAUCACUGGAGGCUUUUAAGAAGAGAAUGUCUGGAAUGGGAGAAGAUCUGCCCAAUCAGGGGGUUGGACUAGAAGACCUCCAAGGUCCCUUCCAAGUCUGUUGUUCUGUUAUUCUAUUCUGGACCACUGAUUCUCCACAUAGACCCCAUAGGGAGAGGUUUUAGCUUGCUUGGAGUACAGUGUACAUUCAUCAAUGGAGUUCUUGGAACCUUUGGGGUGAUAGCAUUUUAUGUAUAACCAGCCGGACUCCCACCAGUGUAUUCUGUCUUCCUUCGCCUCCUUCCGAGUGAUGGCUUAAUUAGCCGGCACUAUCAGCUCUGGCAGCAAAAUAGCAAGCGUAUGCCAAGUGUCUCUGUUAUCUUCCUCGACGCCGAUGAGUCACCCAGGAACAAACUUCAGCUCUUAGUUAAUCAGUUGAUUUUGCCUGCUACGAAGAGGCACAGCAGCUCUUGCUGCCAUUAUAUCCUGUGGGGUGUGGCUCCAUG